AUGAAAUGGACAAUCAAGCUGUUUCGGCCCCCGACAAAACUGAGUAGCUUUUCUCAAAUUCUGAGAAGAACCGGUUUAUCUUCCUCCGUGAAUAAUAGUUUGGUAUUUGUGCUGGAGAAGAUCGCUUCGAGUAGCCGAUUCGUGAUAACGCCGAGCCUGGUCUCGAGAAUUUUCCAUCGAUCGAAGACAGAGGUGGAUAUGAUCAACAACUUUGCAGUGGUAGAACGUGCCGUGCUCUACGCAAACUGA